AUGAGUUUUGUCGAAAGCAAUGAAUUCGUUGAAGUCAUGCAAGAAUAAGAUGACUACGAUGUUGUCCAUAAAGUAGGAGAAGUUUUUGGAUUUUAUACUUUUGGUGGUCAUCAAAAGUUUAAUCCUUUCACAUACUUCAGAAAAAAGAAGAAAAACUCUUCUAGUUUAGUUCGUAUUGAAGACUAAGAAUAAAUUAUAGGCCAGAAAAACUAUUACGAAAAGCUCUCUUUGAUUAGAUGCUAGGUAAAUGUUUUUGCUAUGAAAAAGUUUAUAAGAAACAACAUUAAGAGUUUGAGAGAAAUAUACAUAGAAGACUGCAAAUUCUACCUCUCAGAUGAAGAUGCUAAUGAAGAUACAGACAGAGUUAAAAAUCAGCGUAUGUUAUAAGAACUCAAUUUCGUUUGGCUUAUUGAGUAGUUUAAAUUUUAAGAUAUAUAAUCUAUUACAAUCAAGCUUUUAAAAGAUCCUUUUGAUGAACCUAAUUUAUGGCAAAAAAAAAUUAGAGGCGCUUUUUCACUUAAGUCCUCAAAGGUUGUAGCAUAUAGCAACUCUCCUGCUCUUCUACCACAAAGAAAUACUAUUGAAAUAAAUGAGAACAACUAGAUCGAAUUCUAUACAAAAGAGCAAUUAAUUGACUUAUUUAAGUGUGAAGAGAAUAGCAAGUUUAUAGAAUAUGAAUUGAACUAAAAAUAAGAGUUUUAAAAAGAUUAUUCGAAAGAAAAAUUAAAUGCACUGGCUCAAGAUUUGAUUUGGGGAGAUGUGCAAGACUAAGAAAGAUUCAUUGAUAAACUGUACGACAACACUCUACAGGAAAUUCAAUAAAACUUAAGUAUCUAUAAAAAAUAUACGAAGUACGCAUUCAAUGAUAGCAAAUUGAUAAUCAUUGGAGAUGUCCUCUAUAACGGUAUUUCUCUUAGUUAAUUGUACAACUUAAUUUAAUUAAACUGCUAGAAAAUUAAUGGAAUUAUCUUCAAAGACAAUGGUAAGAUUCCACCUAAGGUUUUCAGUGAUUUGAUGAAGCAAAUUUUCUUGAUUCCUGAAUUAGAGUAAAUCUCGUUUUUAUCAUCAGUUUUGGAUGAGUCAAGUCUUCACGAAUUAGAGUAUCUUAUCUAGAAAAAGUAGGUAAAGUUUUUAAAUCUUUAUCGCUCCUACUUUUUGAAAGAUGAAAUAGAUAUCCUCCUAAACAUGGAAAGCAAUGUUAACAAACUAAAAAUCAAUCACCACAGAUUUGUUUGUAUUGAUAUUCUCUAAAAGAAAGCCUUCGAAUUUACCCCGUACGCUUUUAACUUAAAUGAGCUAAAAGGAAAAUCAAAAGAUGAUAUGCUAGAAGUUGAAAGACUCUAUAAAAAUCAAAUGUACUUCCCAAAAUAAGUGUACAACUAGAUUGUAUUUUUCCAAGGUAUGAACCUCUCAAUUGUGAACAGGAAUAAAAGUGAAAAAAUCCUAUUUAAGCAUUGGGAAAUCUUGCUUAAAUCAAAAGAAUAGCAAAAACUUUAAUUUUAGUCAAAACAAGAAUAAUUAAUUGAUAUUCUUGAUGAGUAAUUUCACGAGGAUGAUAUUAAUGUGCUCAAUUAUAGUUUAAUUAAAACCCUGAUUGAUUAAGUUGUAGAUGGUCAAAUAAAAAGCUAAUUUUAGAAAUAUUUAGAUAACUAAAAAUCUUUUAAGCUUUUAAAAGAAAGAUUUUCGAUUAAAUUGUGUGAAAAAAUAAAAUUUCAAAAGGAAAGUUACCUCUAAACAUGCUACGCUUAUAUGAUGGGCUUUACCCAAUUUAAAGAGUUCAGCAUUUACUACAUUUUUUGUAAUAGUUAUCUUUAUUAAGAUGUCAGAGAAAAUAACAAGAAAUUUUAGCUUGAACUAAAGGCUAGAGAGUGCGGUCUUAUCAUAAAGGAAAGCUUUACUGCUAAAGAAAAUGAUGAAAAAGCUAUUUCCAUAAUUAUGAAGGAACUAAAAAACUUUUUUACUUUUGAGACUCUCACAGAAUUGUAAAUCAACGAAAACAGAGAUCCUGAUAAAACUUUCCUCUUUUUGAAUUAAGUAUUUAUUGAAUGCAAAGUACUUAAGAAAAUCAAAUUACAAUCAAAUUUGUUAAAUGACAUCAAACUUAAAGGUGUCGAUUUUUCUCUCCUCUCAGCUGAAUUAGAAGAGUUUGACAUUUGCCAUAAUAAAAACAUUGACGAUUUAAGCUUCCUUAAUGGUUUGUUUAGAAAAUGCAGAAAACUAAAGAAACUUCUACUUCAAAAUAUGCAACUUACAGCCAUCAAAGCAGAAACAGCAGACUUCACUCUGAUUUCACCUACAUUAGAAGAAGUAGAUAUUGGGUUUAAUGUUUGCUCAGAUGUUAAGUAUAUAAAUGAUAUCUUUUUAGCUGCUCCUAAUCUUAAAAAGAUAAACAUGACUUAAAUGAAUUUAAACACACAACUUUUUGAAUAAAUUAAAUUUGCUCCUGGAUUGAAGGAGUUAAAUAUUAAUUUUAAUGCAAAUAUCCAUCUAGCAUCUUUAAUUGUGCAUUUGGGUAUCACUGAAGGCUUAGAACUUGAAUCUCUUGAAGCCUAUAUUGCUGGAGCUUAAGAAACAAUGGAUAAGUAGUUUGAAAAAUAUUCUGUGUUCGGCUAACUCAAGGCUUUCUAAAAACUUAAAAAGUUGCAUGUUUAGCGUAAUCGUUUUGUAGAUCCAAAUUACUUAAACUUAAUUUUAUCAAAUCUAAGUACUGGGCUUGUUGAUUUAAAGAUAACAGAUCAAAAAUUGAAAGCACAAGGAUUUUUAGACUUAUAAAAGGACAACGUAUAUCCUACCUUAGAAAUACUAGAUCUUUAAUAUGGACAUGAAUUCGGUAAUUAUAAUUUCUUGCAGGACGUAUUUGAAAAGGCAUAAAAGUUAAGAAUCCUCAAAAUCGGCUACUCUUCUAUUGUAGAAGCAAGUUUGAAUAAAGUUUAAUUUGAAACAAUUCCAGAAACCUUAGAAGAAUUUCAUUUUUCUGGAAAUACAAGCUACAACAGAUAUGAAGGAAUGCUAAAUAAGAUGUUUAAAAGAUGCUAAAAAUUAAAAGUUUUAGCAAUGGAAGAUUGUUUGUUGACAGAUGAUAGAUUAAAGAAUGUAGAUUUUACAGAAAUUAGCACAGCUUUAGAAGAAUUCAACAUUUCAAAUAAUCCUGGUCUAAAGACUUACUAUUUCCUAAAUGAUAUAUUUAGAAGAGCUAAAGGACUUAAAAAGAUUAAUUUGAAAAAGAAUAAAAUAGGAAAAGCUGUUGAUUAAAUUAAUUUUGAUUUGCUAGGAAAGUCCUUAGAAGUAUUUUCAGCUGAUGAAGAUGAUUUCUUUAAUGAAGAAUUCUAAGAUUAACUGAUCAACAAGCUUGAGAGAUACAUGAACUUAUAUAAUUUUUAGCAGAAAUAUUCCAAUUUGGCUAACUAUUAAUACAUUAACUAUUUCGGAGUCUUCGAGUAAUACAAUUUAUCUUAAUUCCGUUAACAAAAAGAGACCAAAAACGAAAAAACUGAUCAACAAGUAGAUUAAAAAAAAGACAAAAAAAAAUAAGAAGAGCCAAAAGAGGAAGACAAGGAAGAUAAAAAAAUCAGGGAAGAAAAAGAGAAAAAAGAAAAAAUUUAAAAGGAAGAAGAAUCAUAAAAAUAAGCAAGAAAAGAUAAAAGUAUAAAAUGGGCAAAGAAGAAUAAUUUAAAGAUGGCUGAUAAUUGGAUUGAGAAUUCAACAGAUGUUAAAUACUCUUAGUACAAUAAUCCUCUCUUCUUCUACUCCUUUUUCUCUAAGCUUGAUUAGCUCAUACCUGAAAAGAAUGAAGACUCAAAAAAACAAAGAUAACUUAAUACAUCUAUUCUUCUUGAAAAGAUAGUUGAGUAUCAAAAUAUUUAUGUCAAUAAAGACUACUAACUCCUUCAAUUUAUUGAUAAUAAAUAAAUUAAAGAAUAGCUUUAAGCUCUUCCUGAAAAAUCAAAUAACACCUCUCUUGAUUAUGACCUUUAUUUUACUGCUCUUAAAGAGUUAAAGCUGACAGGUUAGAAAUAUCCUAAUUUAGACUUUUUAGUUUAUUUCUUUUAGAAUGGCUAGCACAUAACUAAAAUAGAUAUGUCUAACAUGGAUUUAAAGGAAGAGACCGUUAAAAAAAUCACAGAAACACCAUUAGAUUAAUUCCACCUAAACAGCGUUAUUGAAAUGAAUUUUUCAGGAAAUAAAAAUACAGAAACUAACAUUUUUAAAUUUAUAGAUGCAAUGAUAUAAGCUGCUCCAAAUAUUUAGAUACUUAAAUUAAGUGACAUGGAUAUGAAUGGUACUAGUAUUCCAAACUUUGAUUUAGUCGGAGUUGAUUUGAGAGAAUUAGAUAUUUCCAAAAAUAAACGUAUACCUACUCUUAGUGUAUUAAAUGGGCUUUUUAAGAAGUGUGUUUAGCUAAGAAAACUAAACAUUAGUAGCACUGGUUUGAGCGAUAAAAAAUUAGACUCAACUUAUUUCGCUUACAUAUCGCAAACCCUAGAAGAGUUUGAUUGCUCAAACAAUGAGAAUCUCUUGGUCGUAGAUUUCAUUAAUUCAGUUAUUUCAAGAUGUUAAAACUUGAUAAAGCUAAAUAUUUCUAACUGUAAUAUAGACUAUCAAAGAAACAGAAAAAUAUAAUAUUAUAAUCUUUCUACUUAGCUCACAGAGCUAAAUAUAUCCAAAAACUAAAUUAUCUAUUUUAUGGAAUUUCUUGAGGAUAUUUUAGAAAGAUGUUAGAGACUUGAAAAAUUUAACAUGAGUGAGAAUUUUACAUCAAACUAAUAUGAUAGUGUUUUUGGAUCAAGUCCUGGCCACAAUCUUAAAGAUUUUGAUUUUAGUGGCUGUACUAACUAUAAUCUUUAUGAUUUUAUUCCUUAGAUCAUAGAUCAGUCAACCUAAUUUAGAAGGCUUACCAUUUAAAAAAUCAAUUUAUCAUAAAAGCGUUUAGAAUAUUUUAGAUUCAAAGAUGUUGGCUCCAAAAUAUUAGAAUUGGACAUUUCAGAAAAUUAAAAUCUUUCUGAUGUUAAAGAUUUGAAUUAUAUGAUUGAUUCUCCAGAUUUCUCUGUCUUUAUUGCUAAUAAAACUUCUUUGAAUAAUACUUUAAUCAAUUAAUUAAAUAUUCCAGACCUCUUUAAAAAUUUAAAGCGUUUGGAGUUAUCAGAGUGCAUCAACUUUAUCAAAUUUGAUUUCAUGAACCAAAUAUUUACUUCUACUCCUAAGUUAGAAUUUUUAAAUCUUUCUGGAAUGCAAAUCACUUAACCAUAAAUAGAGCAGAUUCAUUUCGAUUUAAUUUCUAAAAACCUAAAAGAAUUUGAUAUUUCUCAAAACAAGCUUAUAACAAACUUCUCAUUCUUAACUGACUUAUUCGUCUCAACAUAGAAUUCUCUCGUUUUGCUGAAUUUGAGUGAUUGUGAUUUGAAAGAAGAAAAGCUAGUUAAAGCAGACUUCUCUAAAAUGAGCAAAACUAUUGAAACUAUAGACCUUUCUAAGAAUGAGGAAUUAAAUCAAAUCGACUUUAUGAAUGACAUCUUUUCCAACAACCCAACUAUCAAAAUGAAAAAGUUUAAAAUUUCAAAAGCAACAUACAACAUCACUUACACUCUCCAAAAGUAUUGCUCUUAAAUACAAGAUAUAGAUUGUCCUUUCUAAUAUCUCGACUUGGCAUUCUUCUCUUAAAACAAAUUUAUUACUAAUAUUAAUUUUAUCAAAUUCCUUUAGUAUUUGCUAAGUAGUGUUGGAAACUAAGGAUAUACCAGAAGAAGCAGUUCUUAGACUUUAUGGCAAGCAUAAGAUCCAAAGGGGCAAAUAUUUAAAAUAAUUUUACAAUCUAUGAUGGAAUUUAAGUCUGAGCAAAAACCACUUUAGACUAUAUAGCAUUUCUUUUUCUUGCUUUUAAAUGAAGAAAAAAUUUUCUCCAGGCAAUAUAAUCCAGCAUUCUUCAUAAUGUCUCCAUACUUUCUUUUCUAGCAAAACUAGGAGAUUGAGUGCGAGUAUGAUAAAACUAAAAAAGAAAAGCUCCUUAUUGAUUCAUUUAACUUAACGUUCUUUGAUUUAAACCUUCUUAACAAAAAGACUGACUACAUUUUUGGUUAUGAUAAAUUCUUUUUCCAUGAAUUCCCAGACUUCUACGUUUAAAACUUGACUGAAAAAGGAAGUGAUCUAUAAUUUAUUAUCGAGCUAAAGAAAAAAAUGAGUAAAUAUCACGUUUCUAAUGCAUUCCUUCCAAUCAGAUUAAAUUUAAAUCCAGAAAUAUUAAAGAAAGCUGGGUUUAAUGAAUUUGAGGUGCUUUAUAUGAUUAACUUUAUCCCACCUUCUAGUAUGAACUUAAAAGGAAUGAGUAUCUAGUUUGUGAAGUCUUGGUACGCAAUCAACUUCUACGCUCCAUUGUCUAUUUAAACAACUAUUGAUGUUGAUUAUGAUCUCCUAGAAAACUCCUCGAUUGCUAAUUUCCUCACACUCCGUUCCUAUCGUCUUUAUAUCAAUAACUUUGAGGGUAAAACUUUCUUAUCUCAAAUUAAGUAAAAAAUUGGAAAGUAUUCUUAUGCCUUCUUUAAUAUUUUGAGUUCUUAGCCAAAACAAUAUUAAUUUGAUCACACUGUAAUCCACUUAGAAAAUAGAUUUAAGUAGUUUGUUGUUGAAGGCAAGCAUAAUAUCCUUAGAGCUUUAUAUCCUAUUUAUAUAUUUAUUUGCGUUUUUGGUGUAUGGUUCUUUUCUAGGCAAUUUAAUGUGACAUGUGGUAGUGGUGUUUCAUGGAAUUCCUAUAUUAUGUAUGCUGUUUUUGGUUUUGUCACUUUCUUUUUGGAGGCUUUCAUUUUUAACACAUGUCUGAAAUACGUAUCUCAUUUAAUUCCUGAAUUGAAACCUGACUGCCGUAUGUCGUUCCCUUAUCCUCUAGUAAAUAGCAUAAAGCUAUUCAUCAUGGAUGUCAAUUGGAUUAAUUAAUGGUAUGUGAACUACGUCGUAGCUUUCUUUUUGAGUUAACUUUCGCGUUUUGAUUUCUUUACAAACAUCGGAUUUCUUUAUUAAACUUACAUGUGUGAAGAUUAUCUCAUUUUUACCUUAGCACUGAUAUCUCUAUCUAUAACAACAUUCUCAGGUAUAAUCUUCUUCAUUAUGAACUUUAUGGGAGCAGAUUCGUAUGGUCGUCUUGUUACUGGAUAAAUAGAUAAACUCUAUUAGCUUUGCAAUUUGUUAGAAUUCUAGGCUGUUGCUGAUGUUUUAGAUAUUAUAUCACCUUCCAACUCUGUAAUUCUUUUUGGCAAAAUGUUCAAUCAGCGUAUCAUUAAUAACUUUAUCAGAAUCUUGUGCUAAGAUAUACCAUUUAUCAUCAUUUAAGCCUUUUAUCUAAUUUAGAAAGAUGAAUGGCAUUAGACAAUGAUUUUUUCAUUAACAUCAUCAGGUCUUAUGUUUUUAGUUUCUUUAAAUAAAUUCUUGACUAUCACUCCAUCACGUUUAGGAUAAGAAGAUUUUAAUGAACUCAAUAAUAUCAAGAAAUUGAGAGUGCUUCCUAACUAUCUAAGCAAGCUUUCUUAGUAUGAAUCUUAAUUAGUUAAAUAUAACCAGUAUGAGAUGCUCAAGUGUAUAAAAUCUACCAAAUACUUCUAAAAGCUCCUAGGUAAUGGAGAAUUUACAGUAAGAGAAAUCAAAGAUUAGCUGUAAAUGAUAAAAGAUCUUCGUUCAUUUUAGUCAAAUAAAGAUUUCAUUUAAGACAUUUUUGGAAAUGAAUAAUACAACGACAUGUCCAUCAACUCAAAUGACUCUCCUGUGUAUAGAAUUUUAGAAGAAAGGAGAAAAACAAAAAUGUUAUCUAAAAAGUCUUAGUCUAAUUAGUAGGCUGAUCAACAAAGAAGAAAAUCUUCUUAAUUUAGCAAAAAGGAUAGUAUUUUAUCUCACACAAGUCAGAAGGAGCUUUUAGCAAAGAAAUCAAUCAAUAUUUAAGAAAAAGAGCACAAAGAAAUGGCUAACUCUCAUUCUACUUCUAUGAAUAAAAUUAAUAUAACUCCAGCUCCAAACAGUAGUUCAAAGGUUGAUAAAAAUUAUUAAAAUCUUGAAAAGUAAUCAACUCUAAUGCAAUUAGCCCACCUAGCUGAUUUGAAUUUAGAAGAUGAAGCUAAAAACUCAGCAGUAGAAUAGAAUUAAAAAGACAGUGAUUUAUAAAAAGAAACAAUUAAUGAAGAGAAAGUAUAAGAAACUGAUAACUUAUUGUGUAAGUCUCCAUAAAUUGAACAAGAAGAGAAGUCCAACAAUAUAAAUCAAGAAAACAAUAUGAGUAAGAUGUCUUUGAAAGAAAAUGAUGUUAAAAGCGAUGGAGGUUCUGUGCAAUCAAACAAAGACCAAAAGACUUACACUUAAAAGUUGCUUGAACAAUUAAUUGAAGAUGCAGAAGAAAGUGAAAAUUUAAAUAAGCAAGAUAAUGAUAAUAAUAAAGACAACAAAUAAAAUACUUAAUAAGAAAAUAGCAAUGCAUAAUUAGAAGAGCUGAUAGAAAAAAUUGAUAACUAAAAUGAAAAAUAAGACAAUGAACACAAAAAAGAAGAAGAACAUUCAAAUAAAAAAGAAGAAUAAGAACAUAAAUAGGAAGAGCAAAAAUGA